AUGGAGAAUAAAGCGAAGACCGAUUGUUGCUACCUUCCGUUUGAACUAAUCACUGAGAUACUCUCAUGGCUACCCGCUAAGUCUCUGCUGCGAUCUGCAUGUGUCUCUUCAUCGUGGUAUAUGCUUACCAAAGAUCCAAAGUUCAUGAAGUUGCAUCGCAGUCGAUCCCUCAAAGCAAACCUGGAAACGCAUUUCCUCUUCGAGUGCUGGAAAUCCAAAGUCUACUCUUUUAGAGCUACAUCGCAGCAUCCCUAUUACCAUGCUUCGGAACUUGCUUAUCCGAAAGACAUCAUAAAGCCUCGCACCAUGGGAGGUGUUUUAGGCUCAUGCAAUGGCCUAGUUUGUUUUCAUUCAAUAACAUUACAACCCUUUUACAAAUCUGCUUACAACAAUAAUCUAGGCCUGUUUCUCUACAACCCUGCGACUCGAGCCACUAGAUUGAUACCACCACUCAAUUCCCCGAUGAAUAAUUUAUUGAAACGUGAAGUUGCAUUCGGUUAUGACAGUGUAUCCGAUGAUUAUAAGGUUUUAGCCAUUUGUAUGGAGAGGAAUGAUCGAAAUGUCGAAAAAGCUCUACUAUACAGUUUGAAAACGGAUGCCUGGGUGAACAUACCGAGCCCGCCAUGGUAUUACCAGAUACCCCAUCCGGUAAAGAGAGAGAUAAACUAUACCAACUGUGAAGAUGACUCAGAAUUGACCAUUUUAGAAGGACAGUUGUGUAUCGUAACAUAUACUUUGGAGAUAUGGGUAUUAAACAAGAAGAAGAUAUCUUGGACUCGAAUUUUUCAUCAUCUCUCGGGGCAAUUGAAACAUGUUGAUUUUCAUCAUGCUAAAAUAUAUAAUUUGGGUUUCCGAGAUGAACGACGCAGUAUCAUAUUAGCAAUAGCUGACCGUACAAGAGCUCUACAAAAGGUUUUCAUCUGCUGUGAUCUACAAUCCAAACAAGCUAGGGAGAUCGAAGCCACAAAUUUACCAGAUGGUACCGAAAGGAUCAUUUCCUUUCAUCCUUGGGUCGAUUCGCUUGUCCCGUUGUAUUAG